AUGCUGAGGAGAGAAAUGCUUGGUUGUUGCAAGGUUUACAUAUCAGAAUCCCGGAACAAGACGGCCCUUGAAGCCAUUGAGAGAGCCGCUAAGCCUUUUUUUCCACCGGCUGCCAUCGUCAACAAGUUUGAGGACGCUGCUUACGGCAGGGUUGGUUACACUCUUGUCUCCUCGCUAGCUCCCGAAGAGGGCUCCCUCAAAAAUGUCGUCUUUGCAAUGGUCAAGACUGCUCUCGACACUAUCAACCUCGAGCUGCAUUCUGGAUCCCAUCCCCGCCUUGGAGUGGUUGACCACAUAUGCUUUCACCCCUUGUCUCAAACCUCCAUUCACCAAGUCUCUGCCCUUGCCAAUUCCUUAGCUAUGGAUAUUGGCUCCAUUCUCCAAGUUCCUACAUAUCUAUACGGAGCAGCAGCACAGGCACAAGAGGAGCAGUGCACGCUGGAUUCGAUAAGAAGGAAGCUGGGAUACUUCAAGGCGAACAGGGAGGGACAUGAAUGGGGAGGUGGUUUGGAGCUGGAGCUGGUCCCUGUGAAGCCAUUCGCAGGGCCACAAGAGGUGAGCAAAGCCAAAGGGGUUGUAGCUGUUGGGGCGUGCGGGUGGGUCAGUAACUAUAACGUGCCGGUCACGUCAACCGAUCUCAAGGCAGUGAAGAGAAUGGCGAGGAAGGCUAGCGAGAGAGGAGGGGGCUUGCCUUCAGUGCAGACGAUGGCGCUGUUGCACGGGGAAGGAGUCAUAGAGGUCGCCUGUAACUUGUUGAAUCCAAGCCAUGUGGGAGGAGACGAAGUUCAGAGACUGGUCGAGAAGCUUGGCAGAGAAGAAGGUCUGCUUGUUGGCAAAGGGUAUUACACCGAUUACACUGCCGACCAGAUCGCUCAAAGAUAUAACAACUUGCUCACCAAUUCAUCAUCAUGA